AUGAUUUUAUUAACUAGAGAGCAUCUUCAUGAAUAAAAUAAAAAGCUUACUGAAGAAAAUUAAAAAUUAGAGUUAACUGUUUGCAGUCUCAAUAGAUAAAUAACAAAUUUAACAAUCUUUAUUGAUAAAUCAAAAAAACUUUAAGAAAUGGUGAAUUUACUGAAUUAAGAGUUGAGUAAUCUAAAGAGAGAUAAUUUCUGUUUGUAAGAAGCUCUUCUUACUUUAAAAUAAUCAUAAAAUGCAAAAAAUAAUUCAUAAACAGAAGAAGAACUGUAAUUAGAAAUGGAUAAAGUAAAGUAGCAUUAUGACGAUGAAUUAAAUAUAUUAAAGCAAGAAAAUUACAAAUUGCAUCGUAUGAUUAAAGAUUUGAAUGAUAAGUAAGUAUAUUCACUUGAGAAAUCUGCAACAAAAUUAGUAGAAAUUGGAAAUAAAAUUGAUAAAAAAUUGGGCGAGUAAAAUCAUCGAAGAAUUUUGAGCAAUCCAACUUUAUAAUCACCUAAAGGAAUGACAGAGGAAAUAUAUUAAAAUUUAAUAUAGAAGCUUACAAAUUAAUCAGAGGAGAAAUCUAUUUUAUCUUCAAGGUAUUUUCAAUAUUAAACAUAUAGAUCAAAGGCUAAGCUUUAAGAUUCUGGUCUUUUUACUAAGUCUUAACCAAAAGCAAUUCCUUCUCUUGGUAUUAACAGCUAUUAAUUAGAAUAAUUGUUACCAAACCUUGUAAACGUUAUCAAAAAAUGA